AUGACAAAGCUGCUUCAAGAGAUUGCCACAGCAAACGCGAAGCUCUCUGUGGUCCCCGAGGAUAUCAAUGCUGUUGGUCCCAGGGCUUGGGGUUUAGGGUUUAGGUACGUGGACUUCAACUGCUACUUGAACGAAGUCAAAAAGAAUGUUCUUCCCGGAGUCGAAGCAGAAGCUUUGAAAGUUUCGGAUAUUUUCGAUGUUUUAAAAAGAGCUUCAGUUCGACUUGACGCGGGAACAAAAGCCCAACUCGCUGAACUCCUGCAGGGUUUGGCGGCCCUCAGGACUCAAGUGCAGUUCGCGGCUUACUCUGUUGAAGGCAGCACGAAGAGGUUCCAGGAGGAGCUCAAGGCGGCGCUGCCUUCCGUAAACCACAAAUUAGGGUUUUUGAGGGAGCAAACCCUAAACCCUAAUUUGUACAAAGCAGACGCCAAUAUGGAACAGCUCAAAGAAACCCUCGCAGUCAUUCGCAAGCAGCUCGAAGAGCUCACAGAAGAAGGUUUUCUGAAGCGUUUGCAGCGGCUGGCUCCGUGUCUAGGGUCUCAGGAGGUUUACCAAACCCUAAUUUCUUCUUUAAAUGGUUUUAGAGACUCUUUGGGGGUUUGCAAAUCUUUGAAAAACCCUUCUUUGAAAGAAAGACAUUGGGGUUUGCUGCAGCAGCUCGUGGGCCCCACUCUAAACCUCCGAGACCCUCAGCUAACCCUCGCCGAAGUCACCCAAGUCAAGGAGCUCACCCAAAACCCCGACAUCCUCACUCUGUCUUCGGACGCGACUGCGGAGGAAACCCUCGAGGGUUUGCUGCAGUCGCUGCAGCAAACCUGGGGGUCUUUGCUGCUGCCUCUUGUCAGCAGAAAUGUCAAUAAAGAUAAUCUUUUUAUUUUGGGACCUCUUGAAGAGGUUUACGCAACCCUAGAAGACUCCCUCGUCAGCGUCAACACCAUUGCAGGCGAGAUACUCCCUUCUAGGGUUUAG